CACAAACUGCUUCGAUACUCCGCAAGACGCAGCCUCCGCUAUCGCCUCAGGUGACAAGCAGGACAGUCUUCUUAGGAUCUCGUGAGGUUAUUUGCCUUGAACUUGAAUCAAAUCAUUGCAUAUUGAGGGCCUCACAUUUGAAAGUUUGCCUCGGGCCUCUCAAAAUAUUUGGAAUCUCAAGGCCGGCCCUGCCCUUCUAGUGGGUUGAGGAUCUGAGGUAAUAAUUAACUUUUUCGAUCUCUAAAUUAUGCUCAUACUUAAAAGUGCCAAAUUAAGGGGUUUUUAUUUAUUUAUUUAUUUUUUUAUAUGAAGAUACGUACCACCAUUAUUGAUGUUAUUUGAAGUUGGCUCAGCUAGAAUUUCAGUUAAUAAUAUUGUCAGAGGCUUAAAGCACUUGCCAUCAGAAUGUACAAACACAUGGAAAUCAAGAGCAGGCUUUAACAAUACAAAAGUUAAUGGUUUUUUUUCUAUUAAUGGUUCAUUCGACCAAACUGCUUGAUUUUAGAUUUUUUUUUUAUAUUAUAUUUAUUGUAUGAACAACAAUGCUUUCCGUUUGAUUUUCCAUCCGUUUUAUUUUGCUUUGAUAUAAAGUUGAAUUUUGAUAUUUGUGACUAAGUUGUGUUGAAUAUUUGCUUUUAAUAUUUUUUUGAUGUAAACUGGAUCGUGCUCUUUUUAAAGCGCCAAGACCGGAUUUUCUUUUGUGUGUUUUCAACAUUAAUGUAUUUUAUGUUCUUAUCAUCUCAUUUUAAUGAAAAUUCCGCAUUCUUAUAAAUUUUUUGUGCCAUAGAUUUAUUGUUAUUAGUUACCUAUCUUAUGCACACUGCAUAGGCGCACAAUUAUAUAUUGGUGGUGAUAGAUUUAUAGUUAUUAGUUAAUUGUUUUAUGCAAACUACACAGGUGUGCAAUUAUUUAUUGGUGGUGAUAAAAAUUUAUAGUUAUUAGUUAGUUGUCUUAAGCACAAUGCAAAGGCGCACAAUUAUUUAUUGGUGGUGAUAGAUUUAUAGUAAUUAGUUAGUUGUCUUAUGCACACUGUACAGGCGCACAAUUAUUUGUUGGUGGUGAUAAAUUUAUAGUUAUUAGUUAAUUGUGUUAUGCACAAUGCACAGGCGCACAAUUAUAUUAGCUAUAGAAUUUGAAAACAUCGUGUGAAAAUUCCGAACUCGUAUAAUUUUUUUUUUGCGCGCGUGUGAAACUUAAGGGCCUCACAUUAGAAAGUUCGCUUAGGGCUUCUCAAAAUAUUUGAAAUCUCGGGGCCGACCCUGGCCCCAUGCAUUAUUUGACAAUGGCAGCGGAAUGCAAUAAAUAUUGGCUUGAAUUUGCUCAUUUCGCUAUAGAUUGGUUUCCAAAGUGUGCUUCAGUUCAGCUACCAGGAUAGUGCCUUGCUCUUUAUAAACAGUGUUUUGCAAUCUUUGAUGACCAAGUCAAUGUUAAGAACAGUUCUUGCCUUUAAAGAUGGAACCAUUCCUCUUGUUCCUCCCAAAUCAGAAUGGCGUAGGGCACCCUAUUUGGAGGAUCAUGAUAUGUUUUGGAACUCUAUUGAACACUAUUGUUUUGAUCCUGAUGUGGCAGAGAAUCCUCUUCUAAUGGGUCCUGAAGAAAAGUCGGACAUUGUUAAAGUUGUUCCGAGCUCCAUUCCUCGUCUAUUGAUCGAGCGGGGUGAUUGUCCAUACUCUUUUUUUGACCAUGCAAGCCAUGUGGUUACCAGUGUGGAUUGGGAACUCUGGUGUAACCACAUUUUAAAGAAACAUUUGGCAACUCUGGCAAAGGCAGAAAUUUUGCAUGCUAUAGUACUAUUCUCUUUUUUAUCUAUUAAGCGAGAUCUAGUAAGUUUGAAUGUGCUAUUUUCUCGCUGGUCUUCUGUGCAUCAUACUUUCUUGACACCCUGGGGAGAAUUUUCACCGACAAUAGAAGACGUGGCUGUACUAUAUCGACUUCCAAUUUGUGGCUCUCAACCCAUUGCGACCUUGGGUAGCUCUAAAGAGGAUCAAGAUAUUACUGCUUACUUAGAAAAAUGUGCGAAGGAAGCAAUGAAGCAGGGCACUUGGUUUAAGGGCUCAACUCGUCUAAAAAAACAAUCAAAAGUUGCGAGUCCAAAGUUGACUUACGCCUGUUGGUUUCGCUAUUUUUAUAAGGAUUUAGAGAAUGUGAAAAAAACUCGCAUCAGUGGUCGAUCCCGACAGAAUGUUCAUGGACCAGAGUAUAACAAACAGUAUGAACUGGCAGGAUUUCUUGCUUAUUGGUUGGAUAGGUACAUUUUUGAGGGACGUCCAGAGGAUGGGUUAUCACGUGAGGUAUUUCCCUUGGCUGCAGUUCUAUCUCGUGGUAUUUCGCUGCCAUUGGCUCCAAUGUUUCUUGGUACUCUGUAUGAUCGUCUUGAUACUGUUGUAUCAGACUGUAUUCGCUCAGUCGGUCGAUAUGAUAUCAGUACAUUUGCGUCCUCUAUGUUUUUAUCGGUCUUUCUGUUUGAGAGAUUUCCCAAUUAUGGGCCUUGUCCUUUAGAACUUAACGAUACGGAUAAAAAUGGUUAUCCUACUGACUAUGGGCAUGCGUCGCGAUGGAUGAAUUUGGGUUCGAUGAAUAAAAACAUUGGUGAUUUCAUUGACCAAGAAAAUGAAUUCAUUUUUCGACCUUAUACUACUGAGCGAAAGGGAAUUAAGAGACCUUCUUUUUACUUUGAAGAAUAUCAAGUACUGACAAGGGAUGAACAACUAACUCCUACACAACUUAUGUUUGCUGUUAUCGUAGCUGGGUUGCCAUUGCCAGUAUUUGGUGAUUUGCCAAUGCGAGUGACCUCUUAUAGUCCUAUGCGAGUUGCACGUCAAUUGGGAUUUGAUCAAGGUAUUCCUCGUAGUCCCAUAAGUACUGAGGAUGAGACUUUGUGUAAUUUGGUGAACCGCUUUAAGGAGGACGGAGAACUGAAAUUUGAGAUCCCUUCAAUGAGUCGGGUGGGAAAAAUAACUUCAUCCUAUAUGGGUUUUUUGGAAGAGACCCACAUGCGGAUUAAAGAAUUUGUGCUAAGUGAUCCUGUUAUUUGUACCGAAGUAAAAGUGUUCAAUAAUGAUGCUAGUCUGAAGUGUCCUGUACCUCGUGGUGUGCGUGGGAAGCCUUGUCGUUUUGCUAAAAGCGAUGUCCCAUGUAGUCGCAAACGGGCUGUUCAUAUUGACAAUGUGGAGGAGCAAGAAUUUGAAAGUUUUGCAAGUGAUAAUGAGUCUAUUGCAAGAAGAGGAUUAAGGGUGCGGGCAAAAACAGUUAAUUAUGCAGAAAUUUCAGGAAGUGUGGAGGAGGAAUCGGUGAGGAAAGGGUCCAAACCCAUGUUUCUUUCUAUUGAAGAAACACAUGGUAUUUGCACGGACAAAGCUGUUGAUGAAGAGAGAACUGUUAUGGAAGUCACAGAAACAGAGGCCCGUGGAGUGUCUCAACAAAAUCAUGUUGAAAGAGAAACAGAGGUAUUAGAGAUGGAGAGAACAACAGAUGCGGCUGAUGCAGUGUCAGUGUUGUUAACAUUGCAAUCAUCGACCCAUCACGAAAAAGAAAUUACUCAUGCAAAAGAGGUCAGAGAACAAGAAAAAAGCACACUUGAAAAUAUUGAUGAAAAUGUAAGGAUUGAAUAUGUGGCACCGAUUGAUGGUGAAACCUUUAAUAUUCAAGAUCAAGGUGUAGGCCAUGACUUUGCAUUGAAUUUUUCCCAAGACAGUGGUUCAAAUCUGAUUGGUGAGCUUUGGUUUAGCAGUCCGGAUUCAGAAACAAGGGCAAUGAUAAAUGAAUUUACCGUUGGUGGUGAUGUAGCUACAGAAUAUCAAGCAGCUAUGUCAGAUGCUCCCAGACUUAAUGUUCAAAUUUUCGGUGGACCAUCAUCGCAUGAACCAAUGGAGACUUUGCCAGCGACAUCGGUAGAAUCGGUGCGGGUACAGGUUGAAGAGCCGAGCAUUAUCCAUGUACAGACUCUUAGUGACAGUUCACAUGAUGUUGAAACAUGCUUGAAUCCUAUAACCUGUAAUCCUGGGGAUACUGUGAAGUGGCAAUCUUUUUUCUGCAGCUUCCGUAGUGUACAAAUGUUGUCACGUAUCCUUCAACUUCACCCCCAGACCUUUGUAAACUUCCAUGUACAGGAUCCAGAAUUCCAGCGUGUGUUUCUAGAUGCAUUGGCAGACUUCCUAAUUGUGCUGGAUGGGAAAAUUCUUGGUGAUAUUGAUGAGAGCAUUGUAAAUAAAGUCAGAGGCCGAGUAGCAGACUGGCGGGGCAUGGGGCUAGAGGUAUCAUGGUUAGAGAAUCGUCUUGCUGAUGUUCUAUCCUCUUCAGAGGUCAGCAAAAUGGAGAAUUCAUAUGCACAACUCAUGGCUAGACAGGAGUAUGUUGACAGUGAGGUGAAAAAGGCACAAGUGUACCUGUCUGAUUUAGAAAAAGAAAACACCCAAUUGAAGGAAAAAAUAGCUAAAAUUUCCUUUGAUUUGGUGCAAAGGAAGCGUGAUCCACCUGUGCUUGCGUCAGACCUAUUUUUCAAAACUAUUCUAUAAAUUGAAUAAGGUUGGCCUAAUAUACUCCUAGGAUUGAUGUGUGUAUUUCACUUUACGUUUGUUUUGCCACGAUCUUUUUUGCUGCUUCAACAAAUUUCCCUGCUUUACCAGCACCGUUGCAUCCCUUGUUUGCUUAACCUCAAACUCCAAGGGAUGGUGAAAUGUCGAAGCACCUUAGGAGUAAUUAAACCUAGCAAUUUUCUGUACUGUGGAAAGGGCAAAGGAAGAAUCUUGAGAUUAAGAAAAUCAAUGAUGAGAAGGUGGCCUCAAUGGCAGCUCAGUUUGCAGCGGAAGCCACUCUUCGAA